AAGGAGAGAGUUUUUCUCUCCCUCCCCCUUCCUUCUCUUCCUCCUCCUGUUUCUUUCCUCCUCGAUUCUUUGUUUGGAUAGAAGGAAAGGAAAACCGAAAACCCUGUUCAAUUUCGGAUUUUUUUCUGAGAUUUUCUCCGUGAUGAGGAGCUUAGCAAGGUGUUACAAUGAACAUGCUAUUAAAGUAUCGGAUUCGUACUGUUCUGGUCCUUCAAACAGAGCCUAUCUGUCUCCCAACAUGACCUCUGCAAUCCCAAACACUAUUACAUGCAUAUACAGAGCCAGACUUUCCUCCGGAUGUAACCUCCUGAUUACCCUCACCUGGUGCAACAGAGCAACCGGGAACGGUCUAACGAUCCAGUUCAGCAAAAACCCGUUUUCUUCUCCUUCCAUAUCAGACUCUGAUUCUUACCGGUUGAAAAAAAACAGAGGGUCUGAAUUGUUUCAGUUUUGCAAUUCAAUAAUCAGUGUGUCUUGGGAUCUCUCCGAUGCUCAGUAUAGCAAUGGACCUGAACCGGAAAACGGAUUUUACAUCCUGGUUCUCGUUGAUUCGGAAAUCUGUCUUCUCCUUGGAGACAUGGAAGAGGAAGCGAAGGAAAAUCAAACAAUACAUGGAAUUGGAAACUUCUCAUUGGUUUCACGAAGGGAGAAUUUUUCAGGGUGUUCUGUUUAUUCAACCAAGGCCCGGUUCUGUGACACCGGAGAGGUGCAUGAGAUUCUGAUAAAGUGCGGCGGAGAAGGUGGCGAGGGGCUGAAGAAUCAGCAACUGUCCGUUAGCAUUGACAAGAAGAUGAUUUUUCAGGUGAAGAGGCUGGCGUGGAAUUUCAGGGGAAACCAGGCCAUUUACCUCGACAAUGGAUUGCUGGUGGAUAUGAUGUGGGAUUUGCAUGACUGGCUGUUCAACCCGGCGGCUGCGGCGGCAGGCGGACAUGCUGUGUUCAUGUUCAGGACAAGGAGUGGGUUGGACAGCCGGCUGUGGUUGGAGGAGAAGAGUUCGGACAGCAAGGAUAAAGACAAGGCUGAAUUCUCCCUGUUGAUCUGUGCCUGUAAGAAUCCUGACUAGUUUACUUCUCUAUUACCUGUUUGGUUUCUUGUAAUGCAGUUUUAAAAGACGAAAGAAAAAUGAAUGUAGAGUUGGUUUUCUAAUUAUACCAAACGAUGUGCUUAACUUGGCAUGGGAGGGAAUGCAUUUAGAGAUUGAAUUG